AUGGGGCCUUCAUCGAGGUUGGCUAGUGAGGAAGAGCAUAUUAGUGCAUCUGCAUCCACAACACAACCGACUGGCUUUCCAGGAGGGUUGUACGAUAUGUCACUUUUGGUUAAGUACGAGCAGUAUAUUGCUAGACAUGUAUGGUUUUGUGAGGAGACAGGUCUGAAGAAAGAGCUGAAGGUUGCAGGACAUGGACUGAAGCUGACAUUGAGGGUUUCACAACAACUUCCAAAAGAUAUGGAGGGUUGGAUUUCUAAGUCUAGUAUAUCUUCACUUCCGAGAACCAGUUUGACAAAGAUAAACACAAACCUAGUUUCCGCAUUUGUAGAGAGAUGA